UUUUUCUUUUACUCCCCCACUUUUCCGCAUUCACUACAUCAUGCAGAAACACAUUCUUGGUUUAUACACUCCCGUUGUUGUUUUUGCCGCUGUCUGUACUGGGUGGAUACUAGCUGAACGUGGUAAACAAUCUUUUCCUACAACUUGAAUAUAUAUCGAACUACCAGAACAAUGUACGAGGAUAGUGAUUAUGACGACCGAGGAAAUAGAGGGGACUGGCGAUUUCCUUCUCCCCCGCCUUCUCCACCAUACGAGCCGAAUUGUUUAGUCGCUACGGAUGUCACUAGACAAGUGACAGAGGAUUCGACGGGAACAUCCGUAUCCGACCAAAACGCACCCCCAUCGCCCCCGUCUUCGCCAUGCUCGUUUAUUUCACACUCUCGAUGCUCGCGAAGGAACUCGGACCUCCCUCUUUGUCGGCUCCCGUCUCCAAUCUCCCUAACUUGUCUAAUAGACGGUAUGGACAUCAGUGACGAUGAACCUCCAUCCAACUCUGCCCAUACCUCCUCCAAGGCCUGUUGGCCUGCGAAUAUGCCCGCCCUUUGCCUAUAUACAAUUUGCAACUACCUUUCUCUAUCGGAUCUAUCACAAUUUUAUUGCACCUCCCGGACCAUGCACAACUCGCUCUCAUCUCUGCGUCCCAGUAUCCUUUCACAGCGAUUACUCCAAGGUCGGCAUUUAUCCGCGGACCUAUUUGCUGCAUUUAUUUCGGGACAUUCACCAUAUAGUCAUGUCGCAAGGGAUCCACAAUCUUUUGGAGGUCGUAGCAAAGUGUACGCACGUCUACGUCGUGAUCAACACGUGGUGGAUGCCUUUGUUGGGGCGCUAGUAGGUUGUGUGUCUAUGGCUAGGGCAGAUGGAACGUGGACAUUGGGACGUAGGAAGGCACAGCUUGAUUCCGGAGGUGGCGCGUUAGUCGAUCUUUGGGACGAAAGUGUGGCACGCAUGGACGCCGUCCGAGCACUCCUCCUUCUCUGGCCCAUUGUUGACGCCGUCAAGCGCGCCGCAGAAUCCAUAGUCCCACCAUCCUUGCCUCAACCCACAAGCACCCUUGAUCGUGACCCAACAUCCCCGUCUCACUCGCUACUCUUACCUCAAACCCUUCUCAACACCGCUCAUCUCGGUCUCGCCGCUUUCCCUACCGACGCACUUCAACUCACUUGGUACAUCUCCUACCACGCAGCUCGACAAGUCGUCUCGCGCUUUCAAUUGGCUGGAUGGACGUCUCCCAACUAUCACGAAGGCAUGAUUGGCCCACUAUUAUUCUCAGGACGGGACAAGUUGACAGAUAUGCUUGGUUCAGAAGAUGAUGCACUAGUGUGGGACUGUGUCGGGGAGUUUGAAAAGUGGAUGGCAGUCUUUGGGGGAUGGUGUCCUUUAAGGGGCGUAUUGGAGAAUGAGCUUUUGGCAAGGCAAUGAAAAUAGGAAUUAAUUUGGGAUUUAAUCUUGCUGUGCGUUCAGAAAUUGGUUUUUUUUAUUCUGGUAAAUGGUUGCUUGUUCAUUUGCUACUCUUUCCCUCGAGCGAGGUUUUAUCAAACCUCGAGGAUGGGAUUUUAAUAAUAUCGUAUAGGAGCCCAAAGCAUCGUGUCACUUGGCUAUUUUAGAAUGCAAAUGCAAUAAUAAAAGGCACUGAGAAAAAGAAAACAAGAGGAUAGAGCACAAAAAUCUAUGGUUUGUCUAUACAAAAAAUCACGAAAAG